GGGAGGUGGUGGGGGGAGGGACGGGAGCGACUGGGAAGCCGGAACGGUUCCAAUCGAAGUCGGGAGCGGCGCCCACAAAACGCCCGCCCGGCCCUUCCCGCCCUCUUCUGCCCGCCACCACAGCAGCACGGAACCCCCUUCCUCCUUCCUCCGGGGGCGGCGGGAGGAGGAGGAGGCGGCGGCGGCGGAGUGGCUCGGGGGUGUCCCCCUCGCUGGUUGGAAGAAGAAGCGGCAGUGGCGGCAGUAGCGGCGGCUGUGGGAGGCGGAGGAGGAGCCGGCGAGAAGAAGGAAAAUGCAGGCACAGAAGAGAUGAUUGUUCAUUUACAUUAAGGCGUUGAACUGCCCAUUGAACAAAGUCCUGACCAGGCAACUUACGAAUGGCCCAAGGAAGCCAGCAAAUUGAUUUUCAGGUUUUACAUGACCUGCGGCAAAAAUUUCCUGAGGUACCGGAAAUAGUUGUGUCCAGAUGCAUGUUACAGAAUAAUAAUAAUUUGGAUGCUUGUUGUGCAGUUCUGUCUAAGGAGAGCACAAAAUAUCUCUACGGUGAAGGAGACAUUGGUUUUCCAGAUGAUUCUGGGAUUCCCGGCCUGCGAAAUCACAUGACAUCCCUUAAUUUGGAUUUGCAGUCACAGAAUGUGAUUCUCCAUGGAAGAGAAGGAAGUAGAAUGAAUGGAAGCAGAACUUUAUCUCAUAGCAUAAGUGAUGGACACCUUCAAAGCAGCCAGUCCAACAAUGAACUGUUUCAGCAGGAAUCCCACACAGCUCCAGUACAAGUUCCACAGGGAUUUUUUGGCAUAUCUAAUACUCCAAAUCCAGGGCAGCAUUUUGGAUUUCACUUGGGCAGCAAAGGAACAUCUAACUUGGCUCAGCAAAUUCCUAGAUUCAAUCCUAUUAUGGUAACUUUAGCCCCAAAUAUUCAGCCUGGUCGGAAUACCCCUCCAUCUUUGCACAUACAUGGUGUACCUCCGCCUUCAAUAAACAGUCCACAAGGUAAUUCUAUCUUUAUUCGGCCUUACCACCCAAAUCCUAGUGGUACAGCUCGCCAAACUCACCAAAAUCCAGGCUGGACGUCUCAGUUUACUCCCAUGCAGUCUCAUCAGAACUACCAUCCUCCACAACCAAGUCCCUGGACGACUAUUCCUACAGCCAGUUCUUUGCCACAUACCUCAUCACAACAAACAACACAGCCAAAUCAGCAAGGCCAUCAGACCUCCCAUGUUUAUAUGCCUAUAAGUUCUCCUACUACUCCACAAGCACCUACAAUUCAUUCUUCUGGUAGCUCACAAUCUUCUUCCACCCAGAGUCAAUACAAUAUUCAAAAUAUCUCAACAGGACCUCGGAAAAACCAAAUUGAAAUAAAACUUGAACCACCACAAAGAAAUAAUUCAUCAAAACUGCGUUCAACUGGGCCUCGGUCAUCAUCAAAUUCCUCUUCCCUAAACAGUCAGACUUUAAGCAGAAGUCAACCCACUGUUUACAUAGCUGCCAGUCCACCAAAUACUGAUGAAAUUAUCACACGAAGUCAGCCAAAGCUCUACAUUUCAGCCAAUGCCUCUACAGGAGAUGAACUUGUACGGAAUCAGCCCACACUCUUCAUAUCAACAAAUCCAGGAGUUACAGCCACAUCUAGGAAUAUGUCUGGUCAAGUAAGCAUGGGGCCUGCAUUUAUUCACCAUCACCCUCCUAAGAGCAGAGCAGCAGGCAAUAAUGCCACUGCCACUUCUCCUCGAGUGGUGGUUACACAGCCAAACACAAAAUACACUUUUAAAAUUACUGUUUCUCCAAAUAAACCCCCUGCAGUUUCACCAGGGGUGGUCUCCCCAACCUUUGAACCUACAAAUCUUCUAAACCUUCCUGAUCACUUUGCAGAGACGGAGGGUAUCCAACACCUUCCUGACCCUGUUUUAGCACACGUUGAUAGGAUUAGUGAGGGACGGAAACUGAGUAUGGGAUCCGAUGAUGCUGCCUAUACGCAAGCUUUACUGGUACACCAGAAGGCUAGGAUGGAACGACUUCAACGAGAACUUGAGAUCCAAAAGAAAAAGCUGGAUAAACUAAAAACAGAAGUCAAUGAAAUGGAAAAUAAUCUAACACGAAGGCGCCUGAAAAGAUCGAAUUCUGUUUCCCAAAUUCCUUCACUUGAAGAAAUGCAGCAGUUAAGAAGUUGUAACAGACAACUUCAAAUAGACAUAGACUGCCUAACCAAAGAGAUUGAUCUUUUUCAAGCAAGAGGACCACAUUUUAAUCCCAGUGCCAUUCAUAAUUUUUAUGACAAUAUUGGAUUUCUGGGUCCUGUACCACCAAAGCCCAAAGCAGAUCAAAGGUCCAUUGUCAAAACACCAAAAACUAUACCUGAUGCAGAGGAAGAUGAGGGAGCUCAGUGGAAUUGUACUGCUUGUACUUUUUUAAAUCACCCAGCCUUAAACCGUUGUGAACAGUGUGAAAUGCCCAGGCAUUUCUGAGCCAGAGAGGCUCACAUCUUCUGUAAAUCCAACCUUUGACUAUUGUGUCAGUUCCUUGGGAUAAAUAAUCAUUUAUGCAUAGGAUUUUGUAAAAUUGAGCGUGUGAUAAGAUGGUUUAUUACUAAUGUUAAAUGUCAUGCUACAGAGAUAAUACCUCAGUGUUGUGCUGCAGGCAGCUGAAAUUCAUCAGCUGGAAGGUAAUUUCCUGAAAGACUUGGUUGCCAGCUGCCUGAAAGAUGUACAGUAUUACCAAAACCCCAGUAAGAGAAACUCAGAAUGAUCAGUGCAUGGGUGUUUCCCCAACCACCUUUCUCCAUAGAUGUCACUACUGAAUUUUGACAGGGGGAAGGGAAUUAGAUUAAUAGCUUUUUUGUUGUUUGUAAAGCUUUCAGUGUAACACUACAUUCACCUAGGAAAUUGAAAUAUACAUGUUGAAAGUGUGUUAAACUGUUCGCUGCCACAUAGGGCCUGUUGAUUGUGGAAGAACUCCACAAAUAAGUGGUACUCUUCACCUUGUCUUCCCAGAAAAUGGCUCUGCUCUUUGAAGAACCAAAUCAUUACAAUCAUGUCUGAAGAUUAAAAAGAAAACUGCAUGCGUUGUCUGUACAGUACACCCAGUGAAAUAUCCCCAAAGCUUUUCCUACUGUACAUAGCUCUGGAGCCUGUUUUAAGUGACUUUCUUUUCUUCGCCUUUUAUUAUUUCUUGUACUUCUUAAUGUAUAGCGUAAUAGUCUUUGUUAACUUUCUUUUUCCCUUUAAAUGAUUACACAUGAUCAUGACCCUUUUUUAAAGCUUUUGAUCUAAGAGAACCAGUGCCUUAAAAUAAGAGCAUUAAUGGUAAACAGUGCCUAAACUAUCUCUUCACUGCCUAAUCUGUACUUUGUUCUUGUAAAUGCUGAUGAUCUGUGAAGACCUGCAGAUGCAGCAUGGUGAAAAUGCAGGAAAAGUUGAAGAGGUUAUGCAUAUAGUUCACUCUGUACACUGUACACUGAGUUUUACGGUGGGUGACACAAUGUAAUGUUUUGUCUAGCACAAGGGAACCAAUGUUAAAAUACACUCAACCCACCAAAGAUCAACAGCUGAAUAAGCUUUGCUUCAUCUGCUGGAUAUCUUGCAGACUCUUCAUGAGGUCAUUUUUGGGGAAGUACAUACAGUACACAAGAUGGCAGCAGUAGCAUAAAAUAUCACUGCUAUAAAUGUCUUGGCAGCCAGCCUCCUAACCUGACUUUCUGGAGAAUAGCAAUAAUUAGAAAAAUCUGAAAUAUAGGCUGGAAAAGAGAAAUCAAGCAGACUCGAACACUGAAGCAAUACCAAGCAUCUCUUUAUUUUUGUAAUCCUUUGUUCUUUGAAGGAAAGCAUUCAGGUGAUCAGGAACACACAGCUGAAAUAAAGAACAUAGUUUUAUAUUUUUAUAUGCUCUCUUGCAUACUGCAAAAACGAUACUGUCUCUCUUAGAAUGAGGCAGGAGGGAGUGCUUAAAUGUAGCAAGAGACAAAGGAGACUGUCACCCACUGUAAAUAUUUGCCAGUGGACAUUUUAGUAAGAAUUUUUCUAGUGAUCUAUGUGAAUAUACAAAGGCCUUCGUUUUAAAGGCUUUGCAUUUUUUUAAUGUGGGAAAUAGACGUCAAUCACUAAUAACAAGUCUAUAGAAUCAAAGCAUAAUGCAUUCAAUGCAUUUUGUUAAUUAAAAAAAAGGCCUUGUUUUUCAGCUUCAUCUGCAGUUCUGUGUGAAGACUGACAAAUCAAUUUUUACCUGUUGUAUUAAUAAAACCUAAUUUGGAUAUCUUGAGUUGAUGAUUUUGUGAUUUAGCUGGGUAAACUGUCUUUGUAACAAAUAAGUUAUUUAUAAAAAUUAAAAAAAAUUAUAUUGUAA